AUGAAAAAGCCUUUGACUUGUUUCUUAUCCUUCAUGAUGAUGAUGAUGAUUCUCAUCGUUGUGUUGUUGGAUGUGUUGAGUGCUGGAAAACCAUCAGUUCUCGCUGCCGAGUCGUCGUCAUCCUUUUUCAAGAAUCAUCAGUAUACUGAUGCUGCUACUCCUCUCGAUACGUACAUGGCUCUCCCAGAUCCCUAUUAUUCCUACACAUUGGCCUCACAUAUCGACAAUGCUGCUGCCGAUGUCUAUAUCUUGAACAUGACCUCUCUCGGAUACCUCACACCAGCACAAAGUAAUAGACCCAUUUGGACUCAUACACUCACUUUGGUGGUUCCAAAGAAUUUAAAUACUCAAAUUCGGAGAGCCUCCUUACUCGUGAAUGGUGGGGAUAAUCUUCAACCGAAUAUUCCAUCUGCUGAUUUGAACGAUUUAAUUUUGAUCUCGAGUGUUACUAGGACCAUCAUGGCUGAUUUGAUGCAAGUACCUAAUCAACCGAUUGUGUUUGCCAAUGAUCCAUUGCAUAUGAAGAGAUCGGAAGAUGAUAUUACAGCUUUUACUUGGAGAUAUUUCAUGAAUAACACAAAACAAGAUGCUGAUGCCUACAAGUGGAUUAUUCAAUUACCAAUGGCGAAGAGUGCCAAAUAUGCGUUGGACACCAUGCAGAGUUUUACCAACGAUUUGUUUAAAGUGAAACAAGGUGAGAAUUAUAUUCAGGAUUUUAUUGUGAUGGGAGGAUCUAAGAGAGGAUGGACGACUUGUAAAUUGGCAAGUACUGACAAGAGAGUGAAAGUCAUGAUACCAAUCGUGAUUCAAAUAUUGAAUAUGAAAGUUGUAUUGGAACAUAUUUAUAACUCGUUGUGUUCUUUCCCAAUUGCUAUGGAGGCAUAUCUUCAACAAGGAAUUAUGACUCGAUUGGAGACACCAGAAUUUGCACAAUUAGCCAGUAUUAUUGAUCCAUUUGUUUAUCGUGAUCGUUGGGCUAAUAUUGACAAAUUUGUUGUCAAUGGUUUGGGAGAUAUUUUCUUCUGGCCUGAUAUUGCACUCUAUUCUUAUCCAUAUUUACCAGGUGGAGAUGAAAAUAAGAGAAUUCGUUAUGUUCCUAAUGUUGGACAUAGUAUGGCCGGAAGUGACAUUUGGGAAACAAUUCUCACCUUCAUCUACGCGAAUUUAUACAAUUUGAAACUCCCAGUCUACACAUUCGAUCACAUUUACAAUAACAAUGGAGCCAUUGUGACUGUUCGAAUUCUAAAUCAAGUCAUGCCAGUGCGAGUCACCUUGUGGCAAUCCACCAAUCCAAAGGCAAGAGAUUUCCGUAUCACUGAAACUGGAAAAUCCUUCACACCUUCACCUGUUCAAUCGGUAACUCCAGAUGAUCCUUACACAUUUAUGGUGUUCGUUCCAAAUCCACCUCAAGGUUGGACUGCAUUUUCAGUGGAGAUGGAAUUUGGCAUGAUUGCAGGAAGCAUUCCAUUGCCACCCAUCAAGUUUACAAGUGCUGGAUAUAUUACUCCAACCACAUUGCCAUGCAAAUAUCCUGGAUCUCAAUAA